AUAGUAUUACUUUCUUAGCUACAGUAUACUUAUCUCCCUGGCAUAUUACAUAAUUUAUGCAGCAGUAUACAAUAUAUUUUUGGACUCACCGUUGUGCUGUGCUCACUUGAACAGGAAGGUGGCACUGGGGUCCUUCUUGUGGGAAGAAUUUGUCAUGAAACUUUCACCAAAGUCUGGCAUUCUCUGGAUUUAUGGUGCUUUCAAGAUAACUGGGAACUUGGAAAAGAGGAAGGUUGAAUCAUGACGUCAGGGAUCUUCAUGUCGGAGCUCUAGAAAGAGGCCAGAGUUCCCAACUUGGAAUUCCAAUUUGGAGCUCGUUUUUUCCCCGAGUUCCCAGCUGGAUCAGGGAGCCUCCUGUGACCAGUCUGGAGGUGCACUUCACCCCCCAUGCAGAGAGAGAGCUGGGGGAGUUCCUUUUACCCCAUCAGUGCAGAAUCUCAUGACCGACCCAGGUUCCGGUUCCUGCACGAUCCAUAGGAGGCUGAGGCCGCCAUUAAGGAGGGGUCCUAUCUGCUGACCCCAGGUCAGUGUAUCGGAGGAGCCGCUGUAAGAACAGACUCUUCUUCUUCACAUUGGAUAUAGGCCAAUAUCAACAGUCUGAUCAACUCUAUGCAAAGAUGAUGUGUUAUGCUGCAUGAGGCAAAUGGUGGUCACACCAGAUACUGACUGGUUUUCUGAUCCACACCCCUACUUCUUUUUUAAAGUUAUCUGUGACCAGCAUAUGCAUAUCUGUAUUCCCAGGAAUGUCAAAUCCAUCAGAAAAGGGCCUAAUUUAUUUAUUUCAAUUGACUGAUUUCCAUAUAUGAACUGUAACUCAGUAAAAUCCUUGAAAUUGUUACAUGUUUCAUUUAUAUUUUUGUUUUAAAAUUGUUUAAUUAAAACAUUAUUUUAUUUUUCUUGUAAAGAUAGAGUGCUUGUUGAAAUGGUUGGUUAUACCGUAUGAUCGUAACACUUUAUUUUACUAAGUUACAUUAUAGAGCAUUUAUUCCAAGCACCUCUAGGCUGGGAGAGAGCACCUCAGUACACUGCAGUGCACACUAUCAACUUAUCAUAUGGAAUCUUUACGGUUGAGUUCUGUUUAGUAAUGGUAGUGAACACGCCUUUACUAUCUAAGUUAGAUUGUUACAGUUUUAAUAUCGACUCCGCUAUGAUAGGAUAUGGAUUCCAAAAUUGCUUCCAGUAUUUCCCUUGACCUUUGUCAACCUCUCAGUUUUAGUAAUCCAAUGUCCAGUACAAAGUAUUUUAAAUUCAGGAAUUUAUUGGGAACUUAAUUGCAUCUGUCUAUAUCCAGUGUGACAACAGUCUGUGGGAUUGGUCAACUUGUCAUUGUUGGAUGGAGUGGAGUGGUGGGCCUUUCAUUGUCUGGCAUAGAUUUACUACUAGAACCACUCCCCUUUCCAAUAGCAACAGCAAAUCACUCUUUCACACUACUACUUUGUAUUCUUGUGAGAGUGUGUGAGAGAGUUGGAGGCUCGGAGUAACACACACACAGUGGGUAUUUUCGUUUGAGGAGACGCUGUUUUUAGGGUCAGCAAAUUACAACUAAUUAAUAGUGUGUUGUUAAAUUGGAUGUAAAUAGUUCACUGAACAGAGAGAAAACAACUACGCCUUCACCAGUUGACUUGAAUUGCCUAGGAAGCAAUGGGACCACUGAAUCUCCACCAGGCUAUAUUAAAGGCUGACUUCAUCCUAGCUAGAAGGCUAAUCGAGGCUGGGGCUAAUGUCAACAGCAGGGAUGAGGAGAGGAGGACCCCUUUAAUGCUCUGCUGCCUCCAUGAUGGGGAGUCUUGGUCCCUCGGUGUAGCACGCAUGCUCCUGAUUCACAGAGGCCAAGUGGGGCUCUGUGACCGCCACGGUCGAACCGCUCUGGUGUAUGCGGUCUUGUACGGGCGUCUGGGUUUGGUUAGGCUGUUCCUCCAAGCGCUGGACUAUGACCUGAACCACGUCGACAAGCACGGUCACAUGGCUCUGUGGUACUCAGCUCAGGUAGGUAACGGUCCUAUCAAUGACCUGCUGCUGAAAACCAUGAGGAAGUACUGUUUGAGCACUGACAUAUCUGAGGCCGCAGUCCCCAGGCUUUGUGGUCAUGAUAAACCCGGUCAAGUUCUGGUCAAACACCAGAAAGCAGUCAAGCAGAAUGCCAUUAAUUGUGCCAUUGACCACAAGGUCACAGGUCACCUGAAGCCACAGCCAGAGAAAGGUCUACCUCCAUUGUUCCGAAAGGACUUGCCUUACAAGCCCCUUCCAGAAACCCUAUGGACAAAGAGGGAGAACUUCUAUAAAACAGUGAAGCCACCAGAGGCAAAACCUGAGACAAAGAAGGCCUUGACUGGAGGGUCUGAGCAGGGGAAGGAAGGGAAGACAACCACCCCCUCCCCAUCUAAGGACUGGAAGCUAGACAUGAGGAGUCUAACCGAGGUCUUACUGGGUCAGAUCAGCCUUUCCUACCGGCCCCAGGCCCAGCCCCGGCCUCCUUCCUCUCUCCUCCACCGCAGGAGGACACCUCGCUUGGGGGCCAGCCCCACUGUGGGGGCCCUGCUCCGCCAGCGCUGGGGGAAGGGAAGGAAGAUGUCCCUGGACGCCAUCAGCGACAGCCUGCUGAAAGAGAGGACAGCCAUUGGCUCGUUCCGCCGCCGGUGCAGUGUGACCGUGAUACCCAUGAUCAGGAUGGGGCUGACAAGCAGGAGCUCCAGCACCACCGAGCUAGAGGGUAGGGGGGGAGACAAGGGUCACUUCUAGGAGGGAUCCAGGAGCUGAAAAAGUUCAGCUAGUCAGACAGAAAUUAAUGUAUAUUUUGCUUAUCUGAAGGUUUAUUAAUGAUGAUGGAAUAUGGAUGGUCGUUUUUGUGUGAUGGAUUAUAGUGCAGUAUUCAAUAUAUUGAAGUUUGCUGUGUCUGUAUUAAAAAGUUAAUACCAAUCAUCGAGUGGGACAGAUGCAAUGAGGGUUAGAUGCAGUUGAUCCAUCUGGCAUUUCUGUAAUCUCCCUAAAAGUUUGUUUUUGUAUACAACUUGAUUUGGAAUGUUUGAAUGUUAAGUCUUUUGUAUGAAAAUAAAAUGACUAAA